GCACUUAGUGGACGAGUAGAGCGCUGCUGGAGCCUGAAGGGAUGCUCACCUCUAGCAAAAGACCGCUUCAGUCUCAACCGAGUACUCGCCAACCCCAAGGGAGAGAGCUUUAAGAAACCCAUCAUGGGGGACUCAAAGUUCUGCCUUUUGCUGCUCCUCAGCACAUCUGCUUUAACUUUUGCUCAAGAAGAAGAACAUCCAACUGGCCAAAAGGUACAAGACCCUGCACAAGUUGAAAUCGAAGUGCCACAGACAUGUAGUUUCAUCGUGCGCACCACCGGCUGCACGCUGAGUGAGGUGGUGGACUCGGACGCAGAGGGCAACCCUGUGUUCGGUCCUGCUGCCAGCUCUGAUGCAUUUGCUGCUGAAAUGGAGAGAAAUCCUCUGAAGGUCGUGGUUGAGGGGGAGUACGAUGUGAAGCUGUACCCUGAGGAUGGGGAGACCACAACUAUCCUGAACUUCAAGAGGGGUAUCAUUUCUGCCCUGGCUGUGCCUCUGAUUGAGGAAGACAAGAACAAGAACAUGCCUACAAUCCACGGCAAGUGCAAGACCUACUACAAUGUCAAUGCCAGAGAGGAUAUCGCAACUGACAUCACCUUGAACAGGGAUCUGUCCAGAUGUGAUAAAUUUGUGCCAAUGAGAGAUCACAACAGCCCCCUGGCACUCAUCACAGGCAUGCACUACCCUCUUGCUCAGUUGGUCAAAAGCUCCCAAACUUGCAAUUACAAAUUUGACAAUGAGAAAAAGCACAUGACCUCUGGAUCCUGCACUGAGAACCACAUCCUCAUCCCAUUCUCACACAAAGGAAAAUAUGGAGUUACCAAUGUUGGAAAACAGGAGCUGACUCUGAUUGAGAUGGCUCCUCACAACGACAGAGUCUUUGACCGCAAUGACAAUGUCAAGUAUCUUCAUAUGGAAGCUGUGGAGGACAAAAGCGCCGUCCAGGAUAAAGAGGCAGCUCUGAAUCUGUUGAGAGAACUGGUCACUCUGCCCGAGACAGAGGGUGAGAAGAGGGCCCACCUCUUCCAUGCGCUCGUCUCCAUGGUCCGUGGAAUGAAAACUGAAACCCUGAGCCCGGCCAUUCCCGAGGCAGUCGGUGUGUCCCGUUUCCUGACCUACCAGGUUCUGGCCCAGUGUGGAACCCCUGAGUGCAGCAGUGCCAUCAUGCAAAUCCUUAGGACCUUUGAUACCACCUCCCUGGAGGUUGAUGCGACUAUCUUUGCCCUGGGACUCAUGUCCAACCCUUCCGCCCUCCUGAUCAAUGACAUGCUUGAGAUGGCCAAAUACAAACAAAGCAAACCCAUCAUGUAUGCUCUGAGCAAUGUCGUUAAGAGGUUUUUCAAAGCUGAAGGAAAGGUGACUCCAGAGAUUCACUCCGUUGCUGAGUUCCUGGUUGCUGAAUUGGGCGACUGUUCUGGAGAGAAGGACAAGACCUUCAUGACACUGAGAGUGAUUGGAAACAUGGCUCCAGCUGUGAUACCCGUUAGCCCUGCUCUGAGAAAUGCAGUGAUCCAGUGUGUGAAGCAGCCCGCCGCCUCACAGAGUGUCCAGCAAGCUGCUAUCCAAGUAUACAGGCAGAUCCCAGUCCCUGAGGAGGACAGAGAGGUUUUAAUGCAGGUGCUUUUGGACAAAAGCAACCCUGUGCAGGAGCGUAUCGCUGCAUACCUGGUACUUAUGAAGGAUCCCCAGCCAAGUGAGCUCACGCAGCUGAUUAAUGCUGUGUCCAGUGAAGAGGACCAACAAAUGAAGAGCUUUGUCAUGUCCCACAUCAACAACAUUAGGCACUCAACCGGACCUGAGACCUCUGAACUGAGACAGAAGAUUUUUGAGGCAACGCAGACUAACGAGAUUGGCUCCACGGUGCACCCCAUCAGCUAUUCUCAGAACUACAAGAUGGGAUCCAUGGAAGGAAACAUGAUCUUUGAGGGUACCAGCUACCUGCCCAAGGAGGUCAUGCUUGACAUGACUCUGAAGGCAUUUGGCUUUGAGAUAGACAUGAUGGAGAUUGGCAUGGAGGGAAAAGGAUUUGAGCCAACAGUUGAUGCCCUGUUCGGAGAGAACGGUUUCUUCCCUGAUACUGCCCUGAAGACAAUGUACUUUGUCUCUGACAACAUGCCAGAUUCAGUCAGUGAGAUCCUGCAGAACAUCAUGCCUGCUUUGAAGAAGAACAGGAUGAAGAGAGAGGUAGCCUCCCAGAACCUGAUGAAGGAAAUUGGAAAUAAUCUCAACAAACUGGUGGGGGAUCUGAAAGCUGCAGAGUCUCCAGAGGCAAUGGUCUAUCUCAGACUCCUCGGAAAUGAGCUGGGAUACCUGAGGACCAAUGAUAUCGAAGAGAUGACCUACUCUGCUGGCAUGAUGAUUGACAGCAUGUUGAAGAUGUUUCCACAUGAAGUAGUGAAGGCCCUGCUUACCAGCCCAGACAGCACAAUCUUUGCCCAUUACAUCUUCAUGGACAACGAAUUUUUCCUUCCUACCGUCACUGGUGUCCCUCUGAGGAUCGCACUGUCUGGCACUUUCACCCCCGGUUUCAAAGGUGGACUUCAGAUUGCCCGUGACAUGAGCACCGUGACCUUCAUGCCAUCCGCUGGCAUUGAGUUCGUCACUCAGGUUGGAUCCCAUCUCCCUGAGUAUGUCAACUCUGGAUUGGAGAUGCACACCAACAUCUUCCACGAGAGUGGAAUUACUGCCAAAAUCUCCAUGGGACGUGACCAUGUCAAGCUCACCAUUCCUGCUCCAACAAAGCCUACCAAGCUCAUAAAAAUGACAAACACCCUGGUGGCAGUGACUGGAUCAGAAGUAAAGACCAUCCCUCCGUUGGUGACAGACAAAGUUGAUGUUAAUGAGUGCACUCCAGUCUUUGCUGGAAUGAAAUACUGCAGUUCUCUGCAAUACACUGAUGCUUUCUCUCACGAGACGGCUCCUUAUUUCCCCUUCACAGGAGACAGCAAAUUUGCUGUGGAGUUCCACCCUACUGGUGAAGUCAGCGAGUACACAGCAAGUGUUGCCUAUGAACUCCUUAGAGAGGGAGAAGAAGGGCGGCAGAAAGUUGACUCUCUGAAGUUAAUUCUAAGAGCUGAGGGUGCAGAUCCAACUGAAGCCACAGCAAUCAUGAAAUACAACAGAAGAAAGAAUGUCAUCACCGCAGACAUCCAGAUCCCUGAUUAUGAUGUGGAGGCUGGAAUAAGACUUGGUGUUGAUGCAAAAACCAAGGGCAAAGGAACUCACGCCAUCUCUCUAGACUUCAUAAACAAGAACAUCCCAACACUCUCCCUGGUUGGCCGCGCCAACUUGAAGGCCAUGAAGGAAGGAAUGCUGCAAAUCGAACUCCUGGUGCCUUCGCUCAAUGCUGACGCCACCCUCACAGCUAACAUGAAACACGAUGAAGAACUCGAACUGGAACUUGAGAGUGAAAUCAAGCUUAUGGAUGCUGUCUCUGAACAGAAGAUUCAGAUCAAAUAUGGUAAUACCAGCAAGAUUGAGGUUCAGGUAGAGUCUGAUGUGAACACCAAGACCACCUCCCUGCCAAAUGGUGAAUUUAUCGAGAAGUAUGGCAACGACAUUCUUGACAUGGAGGUGGGGCAGACUGAUAUGAAAGUCCGUCACAUCUUCAAGAAGUUUGUUGAGGCUGCAAAUAAUUACAUGGAUAACUAUGGAGCUCAAGUCCUCCCUUACAUGCAGCACUUCAGGCUUCCCGAAAUGCCUGAGAUUGCCAUGCCUGAAAAACUCUUCCUAAGCACCAAGGCCAAGGCUGAGUACCUGUUCAACAAUGAGCGCUUCACAAUUGUUAUUCCUAUGCCUCUUGGAGGAAAGUCAACAGCAGAGCUCAACUUCCCACCAGCUCUGAGCACUCCUAGCGUGUCUCUACCCAAGUUUGGCCUUGAAAUUGUCUCCAUGGAGAUCCCCAUUCCUAACGUUGCUGUCCCAGAGAGCUUUACUCUGUCCAUCCCUCUCUUUGGCCAAGCUGACCUUUCAGCUACCCUCACAAGCAACCUUUAUGACAUGGAGUCCUCUUUAUCUGUUGGAAAAGAUGUUGUUGAACCACCAAGUUACUCAGCUAAGUUUGACUUGAAAGGAAAUUCCCCGAUUGACAUCCUCUCCCUGGCAGUUGAAGGUACUGGAAUGGUGGCAAACACUGAUUCUAUCAAGGCCCAGUUGAAAGGUUCUUUGGCCCAUAAGUUUAUUGAAGCCAAAAUUAGCAUUGAAGAAGAUGCAGUCAUCACAAACAAAAUCAAUCUGAAAUCAAUAAGCAAAAUUGAAGCUGCAAGUCCAUUUGGUCUUGACAUCAAACUAGAGCACACAGGUGUGGCUGGACUUAAUGCUGAAGAGAUGACUGGUGACAACAACUUUGAGGGCAUGUUCAAGGCCGGGCCAAUCUAUGGCAAGACCACCUCAGUACAGUCAUUUUCUAUCUUUCCAUUCAGACCAGAGGCAAAGAUUGAUUCUCGUGUCGAGUUUGACUCCACAGUUGUCAAGGCCAACAAUGUAAUUGCAGCAUCACUUGCUAAUGGUGAAUUCUCACUUGUGUCUAACACCAAUGCAUUUGAAGACGCCUUCACUCAUGCAGCUGAACUUGCCUUCAAAGAAAAUAAGCUGUCCAUGAAAUGUGAUGCAAGUGCUCUUGCUCUUGGCAUGAAGAUUCGCAACCAGGCUGAGGCUGCCGUUGGUGCUGGUGAAAUCACUGUCAGGCUGGAGACAAAUGGCGACCACUCUGAAAACCGUGUUUACUCUCUCCUAACCACCUCUCUUGAUGGUAAUGGCCUGGCUGUAAACUGUGAUGCCAAUGUGAAGCUUCUGGAGAAUGAGGCAAUGCACAAGGCAACACUGAAAAUGAACAAGGAUGGAUUGAUCACAAGUGGAACAACAACUCUCCAUAGCCCUCUCUCUUUGGAAAACACCUUCAAUGCUGGACUUGAUGCUACAAAGGGUAUUCUAUCCGUUACAAAUAAGGCUGCAAUGUAUGAUAUGAAGGUUGAUAAUACUAAUACCCUGACCGUAACCCUCUCUGGCCUUGACUUUAGUUCAAAGGCUGAAGUCAGUGCAAGUGAGUAUGCCUCUUACACUCACGAUGUCACCUUUGACCUAAAACCAUACACUGCCUCUGCAAAUGUCAACAACCACCUGAAACUCCUGACUGCUAGCUUUAUUAAUGAGGCUCAACUGCAAGCAAAGCUUUACCAGAUGGACCUGACUGGAAACAUGAAGGCCAUGAUUGGCGAAGAGGAGAUCAAGCACACCUACCAGAUUGCUUAUGCUGACUUGAGUGGUACAGCAAAGUGCAGCACCAUCGGAAAACUUUUUGGCACUCAGAUGAACCAAAACACAGAACUUGAAGUUAUUGGCCUUGCUGCCAGGUUCAGCAAUGAUGCCCGAUUUAACUCACAACCAAUGCGCUUUGACCAUAACAUUCGUUGCAGCUUUGUUCCCUUUGAUGUCAGUGUUGAUGCUAUCUUUAACGCUGAUGGAGAUAUGACCAUGUACGGAAAGCACAGUGCCCAACUCUACGGCAAAUUCCUCCUCAGAGCACAACCCUUGGCUUUUGCCAGCUCACAUGAAUGCAGAGCAUCUGUGACUCAUCAGCUUGACAAUGGCUUUUCUCUUGAGACAACCUAUGACAACAAAAUGGACACUUCUCUGACACCUCAGGAGCAGAAGACCAGUUUAAAAAUCAAGUCUAAAAUCAAUGAUCAUGCCUUUAAUCAAGACAUUGAAGUGUACAACAUUGAAGAGAGAACUGGAGUUGAGGUUUCUGGCAAUAUCCUCACAAAUAUCCUUGACACAGCCUCCACAGAGAAACAGGAGUUCAUUAUCUCAGCCUUCCUCAAGUAUGACAAAAACACAGAUAGUCAUGUGAUUCACAUCCCUUUGAUUAAUAAUCUACCAGUGUUUAUGGAAAGCAUCAAGGGAUUUGUUGUGUAUGUGGCAGAAGCACUGCAAGACUUCAUCAACAAUGAGGAUGUAAAGGCAAGACUUGAGGCUCUGCCUCAGCACAUCAGUGACUUUGUUGCUCAAAUGGAUGUUGAAGGCAAGGUCGUUCAGCUGAAGCAGUACUUCACUGAUUUAACCCAAAACUUUGCCAUUUCCAUGGAUGACGUGGAGGCUUCUUUGAACAAUCUGAAGAUUACUGUUGAGAGACUUCUGGCUGAUCUUGCAGUUUACAUCCAAAACUUUGCUGGUAUGAUCAAGGACACAAUUGGCGGUAGCAACUUCCCCGAAAAUGUCAUUCAGAAGGUCCAGGAAGUAUUGAAUUUCAUUGACGAGGCGUUUAACAUCAAGUCUACAAUCUUGUAUGUGAUUGAUACCAUAGGGCAGAUGAUCAAUGGGAUUGACCUGGAAAAACUGAAGGGUAGCAGUAUUGCACUCCUGCAAGAUAUUGAUGAUAAGUAUCAAAUCAAAGCAAAACUUCUGGAAAGUGUAGUCAUGGCUAAAGAAUUUAUUGAGACAUUUGACGUGUCAGAGUUUGUUGCUGAUGUCAAGAAAAUUUUCUUUUCCAUCCAUUACAAAGCUGUCAUUGAAGAUUUAGUGGCUAAAAUUCCCACAGAUAUUCUCAAUGAUAUACUUAAUCGCUUGAAGACAACAUUUGAGGACUAUGAUAUCAUUGGGAAGAUCAACACAUUUUAUGCAAAGUUGAGAGACUUGUUCAUGCAACUUGAAGUUGACAAAAAGAUACAGGCUGUCUUGGAAAAGACUGUGGAACUCUUUAAACAGCUCAAGAUUGAGGAAAGCAUCCAGGCUGCCAUCAAGAUCAUAAAAGAUGCUGACAUUCCCACCAAAUUCAUGCAAAUCUUCCAGGAUGCUACCAACUACUUGAAGGCAACUGAGAUCAGAGACAUAAUUGGACAACUUAACAGUCAUAUUGAAACCACUGUGCAAAAAUUGAAGUCUCUGGAUUACAAUGAAUUUGUGGAUUAUACCAAUCAAAUUAUCGUUGCGUACACAAGUUACUUGAAUGAGAUUAUCAGAAAACUUGAGAUUCCUCAGAAACUUGAGGCAACACGAGAAUUUGCCAAUGUGGUCUUGUCCUCUAUUCAAGGCUUUGUGGAGCGUCUGAGAGAAAUCAGAGUGGCAGAUGCUAUAAAAACUGUCCAGGAUGUCUUUGAACAGGUCGUGUGUGAUCCACUUGAGAGAUUUGCUGAUUCCAUAAAAGAAGAAAUUAAGAAUUUGGAUUUCAAACCGGAGCUCACCUUUUACCUGAAGUCUGUGAGUAAAUACUAUGCAGUGGCCAUCUCAGCCAUCACUGAUUUGUUUAAUGAUGCCUUCAUGAUAGCUAAGGAAAUCUUCCCUGAGCAGAAAAUCAUUAGUGAGAUUCAGCAGAUCAUUGAUGCCCUCCUCACUGAACUAAAGAAAAUUGAGAUCAUCAUCCCAUCCUUCAGCGUUCCUCUCACAGAUUUUGUGGUGCCUUCAAUGAAAUUUGAUAUGGAUUCACUGCAGCAGUUUGAAAUCCCAACUCAGCUCGACAUCCCUGAAUUUACCAUCAUGGGUGUCUACACUGUGAAAGCCACCACAAUUUCCUUUGAUGACAUCAAACAGAAAAUCAUUGCUCUUAUUGAUUUCAUUGUUAACCUUAAGAUUGAAAUCCUUGAUGUGAAUGCUUUCUUUGGAGACUUGACUUUGAACUACCUCCCCAGAAUGCCUGAAAUCACCUUGCCAGAAUUCACUCUUCCAGAGAUCGAAUUCCCAAACAUCCCACAAGUUCCUGUGGAAAAGCUUGUUACAUCUCUUCAAGUCCCAGAGUUUAAGCUGCCAACCAUUCCAAAUGAGAUCAUGGUACCUUGCUUUGGUAAACUCUAUGGUGAGAUCAAGCUCCAGACUCCCAUCUAUACCAUCAAGACAUCUGCUGAGCUCAAGAAUUCCACUGAGACUGCAAUAACACCUUUGUUUAUUGGAGCCUUUACCUCCCAUGGCACAUCUUCAAGUCUGGAAAUGCUUGAUUACAAACUUGAAACCAGUGUUCGUGUUGCCUUGCCAAAAAGGAAACGUAUUGUCCUUGCAGAGACUGUCAAGUUUACCCAUGUUGCUCUCGGAGUUGAACAUCAGGCAUCUGUGAAUUUCUAUGGUCUCUCAGCUCAGGCCCAAGCUAAGACCACCGCUAAGGUUACUACUGCCCCUUACACUGCAGAAUUUAUGAACACAGCCUUUAUUGGUGUGGAAAGUGGAGCAACUGCCACUGCUGAAACAACUUACACUCAUAUUGUUGACAUCCCAAUUGCCGAAGUCAAGAGUGAGGUUACAUUUUCUCAGAAAUCUGUUGCACGUCAACAGGGCUUCACUCUCACCGUAACAGCUGACAAUACAGGCAAAGGAAAGUUUAAUGCUUAUGACAGCAACCAUGACAGCAAGUUUGAGUUUUCAGCAACCCCAAGCCUUGUCAGCCUGUCUUUCAGUGGUGACACAGAUUCUCCCAUCCUAAAGUUGAAACAGCUCAUUUCAGCUGAAUCUGCCACAUUUAGCCACUACUUCUUCAAUGUCCGCAAUGAGGCAGAAGCUCCAGCCAUCAAGAACAGUCUCAUUGUUAUUUCUGGGCGUGGUAGCCGUCAGGAUAUGAAGAUUGAGCUGAAAGUGAACCAUGACACAGAACUGCAUGGUGCAGACAGUGGAAAAAUCUCCAACACCAUCAAUUUUAUACUCAGUACAGAAGAGUUCCUUCUUGCAUUUGAAAACAAAGGAAAUGCCAAGGUCAACAUAUUUAAAUCCUUGACUGCUAAAGUAGAUCUGCAGAAUGAUUACUUGGUCAACCUAAACUCUGAUAGCCAAAAGAUGAACACAGUCUUCUUGGCUCGUCUCAACCAGUACAAAAUCUUCACCAACUUCACUCUUGACAAUAACAACAAUGAAGCUGGUAUCUUUGUUGCUAUGGAUGGUGAAGCCAAUCUUGACUUCCUGAGAUACCCCAUCAGCAUCCCAGAGAUUGAUCUGCCUUUCAUUGACUUCCAUACCCCAGCUAUCAGUGAUCUGAACCUGUAUGAGCAGACUGGACUGCAGAACAUAUUGACCACCACUGAGCAGACAGUUGAUGUAGAUGCCAAGAUUACUUACCAGAAAAGCAAGGCUGCCCCACUUGUUGAUAUGUUGGGUUUGAUUCGCAUUCCCUCUAUGGGUGAUCUAAUCACAGACCUAUCUUUCAAGUCAGCCAUCAUCAACAUGAAUGCCAAUGCUGGAUUGUUUACUGAGGAUGAUCUUGUGUUUCGUCUGAGUGCCACCACUGCCUCUGUGUUUGAGAGUCUGAAAGCCAAACUCGAUGGCACCACCAGUCUGACCACCCAAAGGGGAAUCAAGCUGGCCAACUCCAUGUCCCUUGAAAAUAAUCACAUUGAAAGCAAUCAUGAGAGCACCAUCACCAUGAGCACUGAGACUUUUGAAUCUGCUCUCUCUGUGGCAACAACUGCAAAAAUUACCCUGCCUAUACUCAACCUGGAAGCACAGCAAAAUCUAAUUGCAGACAUCAAGUCCAAAGCAAAUGCUCACUCCACCUUGAAGAUGAAGGGUGACUUCAACAUCCCAACGAUCAAUGCUGAUGGAAAGGCUGAGGUAGAUCACAGUCUGAAGCUGGAAGGAACUUUUGAUUAUGUGUCCAUGGAAUCAUCCAUUAAAUCAAACAUGGAUGGCAGAGUGUUUGAAAACUAUGUAGUUUUUGGAGUUCUGGAUAAUGAGGAAAAUCUAUACCUGAAUAAAGAUGGCCUGCGCUCCACUUUCAAAGUUGUUGCUGAUACCAAGAUCAACCAAGGUGCAACUAAAGUCAUUGCCAUGGAUGUAAACAGCAACCUGGCCAUUGAAGCAUCCAUGAGUCGUGUGUAUGCAAACCUAAAGCAUACCUGUAGCAACGAGGUGAACCUGUUCAGCUUCAGUACCAAUGGGAAGCAUAAUGCCCAAGCUACAAUUGACUUUGCACCAAUCUCCUCAUUAACAGCUGGCAUUGAGAUUGAUAUGAAACAGCCAAGCAGCCUGGGUGACUUCACAAUCUACAAAAAGGCUGCUGCUGAUGUGACUCUUUCCAAACAGAUAAUCUCUAUCAAAGCCAACAUUGUUAGCCCACUGUACACCACAAAUAUAGAGGCUGAAGUAGAAGGCAAUGCUCCAGUCUUCAAGGUCAUAUUCAAGUCAUCUGCUUCCUCUGCCAUCGUGGUCUUAGAAUACGAUAUCAAUGCAUCUACCACUGCAAACUUUGAGAAUGACCUUCUGAACUUGGUUAGCAAGCUUGUUCUGAAACAUACUGACCUGACCGUGGAGGUUAAUCAUGUCAUUGCUCAAGCACUGAGUGUCUCUCGCCACACAAUGAAUGUCGACAUCACCAGUCCUGCUUUUGCUGAUUUGAACCUUCGAUAUGCUGCAAACAGAGAUGCCAUCAGUGCCUCAGUUUCUACUCCUAGUGGAGGCUUCCUUGGCCUCCAGAUCAGUGGCAAAGUCCCAUCUCAAGUUAAUGCCAGAAUCUUUGGCCGUUACCCUUCGGCCCCCGAUGCUGAUGUUGAAGUCUUGGUCAUCCGAUCUUCUAAGAGCUCUGAUAAGACAAACCUGCAGAUCAUCUACAAUAUGGAGGCACCUGAGGCCAUUCUCAAUGAGCUCAAGGCUAACCUUCCAUCUAUCACCUCUAGUGUUCAAACAUUUGCUGACAAGUAUCAAAUCACAAGUAGCAUGGAGAUGCUCAAGGACUCUGUUAUUAACCAGAUUAGAGAAGCUCAUAAUGCUGCAGUCAACUAUGAUAUUGAAAUGAGUCAACUCUCAAUUUUCUUCAGGAACACUAUUGUCCAGUACCAGAAAAAUGUCCAGAAUUUCCUUGAUGCAAUCAUUAAGGUAUUGAGGGAGACAUAUUUCAAGGUACCUGGGUCUGAUGAGAUGACCACUCUCCCUGAACUCCUCAAUAAGCUGACCAGCAGCAUUGCUAAUAUGCUAGAUGUAGCUAUCCAGAUUGUCCAUGACAACAUGGAAGAGUAUUACAGCUAUUUUGUGGAAAAGAUAAGCACAAUCAAAUUACAAAUGCCAGUUGGUGAUGCUAUUACUGGAGGCCAGAUCAUUGAUAAGGUCAAAACGGCUGUCAAAACGAUCUUUGACGGAGUGGUGGAUUUUGUCAAAAACAUGGAAAGUCUUGACACAAUGCUGGAAAAGAUGAGUGAGACUCUGAAGGUUGUUGUUGAGAAAACUCAGGAAUUUGUUGACUCAAUCAAAUCUGACUAUUUAGAUGCUGUGCUCUUCAAAGUCAAUGAGUUCUAUCGUGAGGCUGUCUCUUUCAUUAGUUACUAUGUUGACCAGAUCCCUGCUUUCAGUAUGGAGGACAUCAACAAAAUGUGUGAGUCCCUUAUGGACAUGAUCAUUAAAGUGCUGGACAAGAUCAGUAAUGCAGUUAAUGCUUUUCUGACAGAGACAUCAGAGGAAGUGCAAGACUACCUGAAGCCCAUCAUGUUGGGUAUCAAGCUCUCCCUUUUGCUGCUCCUGGGCACAUCCACACUUGCCCUGGCUAAAAGAUUCAAGAACUUCAGGCGGUUUGUGUACAACUAUGAAGCUGAGACCUUUAACAGUGUAAAUGGAGCCACGGAGGAAAAGAGCGGCCCCAAAGUCUCUUGCACGGUUGAGGUCGAUGUGCCCCAGACAUGCAGCUUCAUUCUCCACACAACAGAGUGCUCUCUGAGUGAGAUCUUUGAGGUGGAUGAUGAAGGGAAGCCAGUGUAUCGUCCUGCUGCUGAAGCUGAAGCUUUCAAAGCUGCCAUGGCCAAGAACUCAUUGAAGAUUGCAGUGGAAGGACAGACUGAGGUCAAACUGUACCCUGAGGAUGACGAGCCCAUCAACAUCCUGAACAUCAAGAGGGGAAUCGUCUCUGCUCUCAUGGUGCCUGAAAUGGAUGAGGAAAAUAACAAAGAAAUGCCUACAGUUCACGGAGUGUGCGCCACCGAUUUCUCCGUCAACUCCAGAGAGGACAUCGCCACUGAUGUGACUGUCAAAAGGGAUCUGUCCAAAUGUGACUGGUUCAUUGCCCGCAGACAAAGCACUAGUCCACUGGCCCUUAUCUCUGGCAUGAACUACCCUCUGUCCAAGAUGAUUAGCAGCUCUCAGACCUGCAAUUACCAGUUUGACAACCAGAAGAAGCACAUGACCAGUGGGACCUGCACAGAAAAACACAUCUUCCUGCCCUUUUCCUACAAGAAUGAAUAUGGAAUUUCUGCAAUGGUGAAGCAGACAAUGACUCUGAAAGAAACUGCCAAGAUCAACGACAGAAUCUUUGACCACAAUGAGGCCAACCUCAAGCACCUGCCCAUGGAUGUUACUGAUGACAAGUCCCCAGUGCAGACCAAGGACGCUGUUAUCACCACAAUGAACAAGAUCAACACACUGUCACAGACCACCGAGGGCGAGAAGCGCGCCAGCCUCUUCCGUCAGCUGGUUUCUGAGCUCCGCAGCCUGAACGCCGACAUCCUGAGCACUGCUGCAGAUGAGAUGAUGGGCAUCUCAAGCCCUCUGACAUGGCAGGCUUUGGUUCAGUGUGGUACCCCAGAAUGCACCAGCGCCAUGCUGAGGAUUCUCCGUACUUUUGACGAUUCUGCUCUUGAGGUUGAUGCUAUUGUCUACGCCUUGGGACUGCUGCCCAACCCAUCUCGUCUGAUGGUGAAAGACCUGCUGGCAAUGGCUCAAUACAAGCAGAGCAAGCCCAUCAUGUAUGCCCUGAGCAAUGUAGCAAGGAGGGUGUACAAGUCUGAAGGAGUCACCCCUGAGAUCACUGCUGUCUAUGAGUUCAUGUCUUCCCUUCUGGGUGAAGACUGUGCAGGAGACAAAGACCUGACCUUCUUGACCUUACGGGUUGUUGGUAACAUGGGAGAUGCCAUGGAAGCUGCUGACUCUGCUAUUAAGACCACCCUGCUGAAGUGCAUGAGGCAGCCUGCGACCACUUUGUCCGUGCAGCUCGCUGCCAUCCAGGCUUUCCGGCGCAUGUCCAUUACAGAUGAGGUCCGCUCCAACCUCCAGAGGGUCAGCCAGUAUCCCAAGGGUGCAGUGCAGAAGCGCCUGGCAGCUUACCUGAUUCUGAUGAGGAAUCCCCAGGACAGUGACAUUGAGAUUGUGAAGAAGCUGCUCAGCCAAGAACAGAACGAGCAGAUCAAGGCUUUUGUGUCCUCCCACAUCUACAACAUAAUUACUUCAACGGAUUCAGAGACCGUAAAGAUUGGUGCAAAAAUCUUGGAGAACCUGGAGAAAACUGAUAUUUCAACACACAAUGACUAUACCACAAAGUCUCGCAACUACAAGCUUGGUGUGGCACAUGAGAACAUGCAGGCCAGCAUUCAGAGCAACAUCAUUUUUGAUCCAAGCAACCAGCUUCCAAGAGAGGUCUUGCUUGAGACUACCCUGAACGCUUUUGGCUACAGUAUGGAUAUUUGGGAGAUUGGCAUGGAAGGAAAGGGCUUUGAGCCAACCAUCGAAGCUUUAUUUGGAGAGAAUGGCUUCUUCCCUGACACUGUAUCCAAGGCUCUGUACUGGGCCGAGGACAAGAUGCCACCAAAGAUCAAAGAAAUUCUGGAGAAAUGGGUUGCACCUCUGAAAUCAGAAGGACAAAAGGUUCCUGAAGAUCUUAUGAGAGAAAUUGUCCGUAACUUCAACAAGCUGGUGAAAGAUCUGCAGAGUCAUGAAUCCCCAGAGGCCAUGGCCUACCUGAGGAUCAUGGGAGCUGAGCUUGGCUACAUCAAGGGCACCGAUCUGAAGUUUAUGACUGAAAAUGCUGCAAUGUAUGCUGGCAUUAUCAAGAAGCUCAUUCCUACCAAGGUCAUGGCCGAUCUGAUGUCAAGCACUGACAAUGAGAUGUUUGCCCAUUACAUCUUCAUGGACAACAAAUUCCUCAUGCCAACAGCAUCUGGCUUGCCUCUGACAUUUGCUCUGUCUGGCACCUUCACUCCUGGUGCAAAAGGAGGUCUUCGCAUUGCUUCAGACAUGAAGGAGUUGGUGUUCAGUCCCUCCAUUGGAGUUGAGUUUACAACUCAGAUGGGAGUCAACAUUCCCGAAUUUGUUGUAUCUACUGUUGAAAUGCACACCAACAUAUAUCAUGAGAGCAAGCUGAAUGCCAAAGUCACCAUGGAACAGAACCAGGUCAAGCUCACCAUCCCUGCCCCACAGGGCACCACAAAACUCUUCAGGAUCAGAAAUAAAGUGCAGAUUGUGGGUGCUGGACAAGUCAAAAUGAUUAAACAAAGACAAGGUGACAAAGGAGACUGCAGCCCUCUCUUCUCUGGAGUCAGAUACUGCAUCACAAAACUUUAUGCUGAUGGUGACAAGACUACUCCUUACUUCCCUCUGAAUGGCGAGACCAUGUAUGCUGUUGAUAUCAAGCCUACCAAAGAGGUGUCUGAGUACACAGCCACCAUUGCUUAUAAACUACUCAAUGAGGGGAAGGAGGGCCGCCACAAGGUUGACUCUCUGCAGAUGAUUCUGAAGGCUGAGGGUGCUAAGCCCACAGAAGCUACAGCCACCAUGAAAUACAACAGGAACAGAAAUGUAUUCACCACUCAGGUUGAAAUACCUGACUUUGAUGUUGAGGCUGGAGUUAAAAUCGGCAUGACAGACAGCAACUCAAAGGGGAAAUCCCUCACUUUUGAGAUCUCAAACAAAAAUGUGCCCCAACUGACUCUGAUCGGACGUGCCAAGCUUCAGGCCAUGACUGAUGGCAUGGUCCAGGUUCAGCUUCAAGUUCCCUCUUUCAAAACUGAUGCCACCAUAAGUGCUGCUUUGACCAAAGCUGAUGGACUCACCAUGGAGAUCAAGAGUGACAUCAAGCUCGCAGAGGUUUCAUCCAUUCAGGCAGUCAGCUUCAAAUAUGGUGAAGACCAGGCUGAAGUUUAUCUGAUGUCUAACAUGAAUGCCGGAACUCAGAUGUACUACAACGACGCCCUGACUACCAGGCUCGCUCAGCUUGCAGAGGAAUUCAUGGAUCAGAAGGUUGUCAACACUGACAUGAAACUACGUCACAUCCUGAACAAGGGAGUUGAGGCCAGCAACAACUGGAUGAACAAGAUCUCAGCUGAAGUUCCUUAUCUCAUGAAUCUGAGGGAAAAUAUUGCAAUGUUGGAAAUGCCUGAAAAACUGUUCAUGAAUCUUGAAAGCACAGCCAUAUACCAGUUCAACCAGAAUCACUUUGUGAUGAGUAUCCCUCUGCCUCUUGGAGGAAAAUCAUCUGAGGAGCUCAGGAUACCUGCUUUCAUCACCUCCCCACACAUUUCAGUGCCUCAGCUGCAAAUGGAUCUUGCCCCUGUGAAGAUACAAAUCCCAGCUUUUACCAUUCCAGCUGAAUAUGAGCUCACUAUGCCCCUGAUUGGAAUGGUGGAAAUGUCUACCAAGGUCAACAGUAACUUUUAUGAUUGGGAGGGAAUUAUUACUGCUGGUAACAACACUGUAAAUUCCCCUAACUACAUGACCAAGUUCAGCAUCAUGGCUGAAAGUCCAAUCAAACUUCUCUCCUUUUCAGCUGAAGGAGCCAGCAAAAUCACUGACACCACAGAAGAAACCAUUGAGGUCACACUGGAAGGAUCUUUGAAACACAUGCUCAUUAGCACAGGUUUUAGUCUGCUGGAAAGCAUCGCUGUCACAGACAAAGUACUUACAACAGGUCGCUACAAAAUGCAAGCUAACUCCCCCAUGGGUCUGGACACCUCCAUGACCAUUACCACCCAGCUCACCCUUGACUCCAGCAUGCUCUUUGGAGACAUUAACGCAGACGGAGGAGUGUCUAUUGGACCUCUGAGUGCAACCACCUCCUAUCUCAGUACCUUUUCUGCUGAGCCAGCCAAGAAAGAAGCUAAACUGGAUAGCACGUUGAAUUUUAACUCUGAGUUGCUGAAGCUUGUGCACAAGAUUAAGGUGACCUAUGAAAAUGAUGAGUUUCUGUUUGACUCAAACACCAAUGUGAAUGCUGACCCCAUCAAACACACUACCAAAAUUGUCAUUAAUUACAAAGAUGUCAAGCUUACCAUACAGUCUGAUUCUGUGACUAAGGCUGAAGAGAGGAUGCUGCGUAACCAGCUGGAGUUCUCUGCCUCUGAAAGCCAGGCCACCUUGAGGAUAGAAAACCAAGCUGAUGAUACACAGAACCGUGCCUACUCUUUGCUUACUGGAGCCUUGAAUCCAUCUGGACUAGAGAUCAACGCUGAUGCUUCCUUGAACAUCUUCUCAAGCCUUGCCUCCCACAAAGCCACCUUGACCAUUAACAUGAAUGGCCUGACAACCAGCUGCACAACAACUGCCCAGCACAGCCCCAUGACAUUUGAGAAUAUCUUCCAUGGUGGAGUUGAUGCCUCUGGUGCUACGCUGUCCCUUAAAACAAAAGGAGCCAUCACAGACAACAAUGCUGAGUUCAGCGUUGAGGGAAAGCUAGCAAGCACAGAAGUCUAUCUCAACAGCAUGUUCAAGGGUAAUCUCUUUGACAUCAAUGGCAGAAACAGGGUGAACCUCAGACUAAAUGAAGAUGGCUUAGUCCUUUCCAACGACAUGGUUGGGUCUUUCAGUGAGAUAAGGACCGAAAACAGCCAUUCACUGUCUCUUACACUGAGAUCUCUCACCCUUCAGUCUAAGACCGACAACUUCCUUGACAAGAGCAACUCCUACAUGCAUGACAUCACAGUCACCAUGGACCGAUUCACAGCCUCAGUCAUUGUGAAAAACGACUUGAAGGUGAUGGCAGUCAACUUUGUAAAUGAUGCUCAGUUCAGGGCAGAGCCAUACAACGUGGUGCUGGCUGGAACACUGAUGGGAACCUAUUCAGAGGAAGAGCUCAAGCACACUUAUGAAAUCAAGUUUGUUGACAUGAUUCUGUCUUCAAAGUGCAACACCAAUGGAAAGCUCCUUGGGUCCCACAUGACACAUUCCACUGACAUGGAGAUUGCUGGUCUCUCUGUGAAGUUCAACAACAUAGCUAACUUCAACUCACCAUCUCUUCGCCUGGACAGCACAAUCAAAACAGUUGCUGCACCGUUCACUCUCAACAUUGAUGCCAUUUUCAACUCAAAUGGUGCCGUGUAUCUGUUUGGGCAGCAGAGUGGUGAACUUUACAGCAAAUUCCUCCUGAAAGCAGAACCCAUGCUAUUCACAGAGUCAUUUGAGUACAGAGCUUCUACCAGCCAUGAAAUGGAAGGCAGACCCGCUAUCAAGACUAACAUAGACAACAAGUUCAACAGCAUGCUGAGUCUUCAAGAGCAAAGUGUCACACUGAAGAUGACAUCCACAGUGAACGAGCACACCUUUGAUCAAGAAAUGAGUGCCUUUAACAAUGCAGAAAGAAUGGGCAUUGAAAUGAGAGGAGAACUAUCUACUCCCUUCUUCAGUGAGGCCAGUGAAAAUUAUGCCAUCUCCAGUUUUGUUAAAUAUGACAAAAACAGUGACAGCCACCUCCUCCAAAUCCCAUUCAUUGAACACCUGCCUGAAGUCAUUGAAAACAUGAAGACCACAGUGAUGAAGCUGAUGGACCACAGCAUUGAUAUGCUGAAAGAUAUCAACGACAGAUAUGAGAUCAGUGCCAAGUUUCAGGGCAAAGUUGCAGAACUGAAAGAGGUCGUUGACAAUUUUGACUUCAACCUCUUUGUUCAAGACUUGAGGAAAUUUAUCACCCCUGUGGAGAAAUUCAUCACCGGCCUGACAGCCAAGUUCCCAACUGACAAAGUCUUGAAUCUGCUGAAAUACAUCAAAGAAACUGUGACAGCUCUGAUUACAAAAUAUAACAUCCCCCACAAGUUUAAUGCAAUUUACACUAAAAUUGAAGAGUUUCUCUCGAGCUACCAGGUUGAGAAAAUGAUUGCGGAAUUCAUGGAUGAGAUUGUAAAAAUCAUGAAGGAGUAUGAAGUCAGAGAGAAGAUUCAGCACACAUUCAAUGCCAUCAAAACAAUUGACAUCCAGCCUUUGCUGAGAAAACUGAUGGUGCCUAUUAAGGAGCUUGUUGAUGAGCUGUAUUCCUUUGAUUUCAAACAGUUGAUUGAUGACAUGAGUGACUACUUCACGAGAAUGAUCCAGAAGCUCAGAUCUUUUGAUUAUGACACAUUCACUGUGGAGCUGAAGGAGAAAGUCGCAGAGAUGAGCAAGAUCCCCUGUUUUGGCAAACUGUAUGGCGAGUUGAAAGUUACCUCACCCCAUUACAACCUCAGGACCACCGCUGACCUGGAGAACACAACAACCACAUCAGUCACCCCAGAGUUCAAAAUUAACCUCAACUCACAGGCUGAGUCUACUUUGAGAGUCCUUGACUUCACUCUGGAUGCCAGUGCUCAUUUUGAGGUGCCCCAAAUGGAACACUUGUCCAUUUCUGAGAGCAUUAAAGUUGAUCAGUCAUCCCUUAAACUUGACCACAAGGGAAAAAUUACUCUCAGUGGCCUGUUAGCCCAAGGCACUGCUGAAACUACUGGAAAAGCCAUAACUGAACUCUAUGUUGCAGAGUUUGUGAAUAAUGCUAACUUUGCCAUAGAAAAAGGACUUUCUGCCACAACAGAGACAAACUACAAGCAUGACCUUAACAUGCCACCCAUGAACAUCUUCAGCAAGGCAAUGAUAAAUCAAAAGAGUGUCUUUGGACUGGAGGAAGGCAACAUCCAUCUGACCAUUAACAAUCUGGCUAAUGGAAAAUAUGACAUUCAGGACUUCUCUGAUGAGGCAACUCACAAGAGUGACAUGGAAGUGGUCAUGGACCUCCACACAGCCAAAAUCACCUUCAAUGGAGAGACAGGCAGCAAACACUUCAAGAUGAACCAAAAUGUUGUGGCUGACAUAUGCAUUUUCCGUCAUGUCAUUAUUGAAGCCAAGGCUGAGACAGAAGCUCCUUUUAUUAAGAACAGCAUUGCAGAGGUCAAGUUUCAGGCAAAGGUUGAAGACAUGAAGAUUGAUUUCACUGCCACUCACGGCACAGAGCUGACUGGAAAAGUUGAAGGAAUUCUGUCAAACUCUGCCCUUGCUUUGAUCUCACCCACAGAGCUCAUGUUUGAUACCAAGAACAAGGGAAAUACCAAGUUUUUCCUGCCCUUCAAGCUGUCUGGAAAAGUGGAUCUUCAGAAUGACAUCGCCUUCACUUUGAACACUGAGGUGCAACAAGCAAGCUGGACAGGUCUGGCUAGACUCAACCAGUACAAAUAUUCCCAUUACUUCUCCAUGGACAAUGGCCAAAGAGAAAUAAACAUAAUUUCCCAAAUCAGUGGGGAAGCAGAUCUUGAUGUGCUGAGGGAACCCGUCACUAUUCCUGAAAUAAAUGUGCCAUUUGUUGGCAUGAAAACACCAAAAGUGGAGGACUUCUCCCUGUGGGAAGACACUGGCCUGGGCUCCCUACUGAUCACAACUCAGCAGACAUUUGACAUCAACUCCAAGCUGAAGUAUAUCAAGAACCCUGACAUGAUCACCAUUGAGAUUGAGAUGGAGCCAGUAAUCAAUGCUAUUAAUGCCAACAUCAAGGCCCUGCACAAGAAAGCACUCAUCAGCAAGGACAAGGCUGCCACCAUCCUGUCUUCAUCUUUUGAUAAAGCAAAGGCUGAAUAUGAAAAAUACAGCAUUGAGCUGCCCAAAGUCAUUCAAGUCCCUGCUUAUAAAGUACCAGUGAUGGAUGUUGAGAUGUCCUCAUUCACAAUUCCGAUGCCCGACCUCACUCUUAUCACAAUCCCCACCCUGCACAUACCAUCUGCCCUAAGCAAGAUGACCAUCCCAAAAAUCACUCUGCCCAACAUUCAGAACAUCAAGAUCCCCGUGAUGGGUGAUCUGACCCAUGAAUUCCUACUCAAAACAUCAAUGAUCACACUCAAAAGUGAUGCCAGCAUCCUCAACCAGGAUGGCCUCAAGGUCAAACUCGAUGCCUCCUCAUCCUCUGAGUUUGAGCUGCUGACAGGAAUGAUUGAGGGCAACACAAACAUAAAUGCAGAGGGUGACUUCAAAAUGGCCUCCAUCAUAUCUGUAAAACAUUCUCUACUGGAAGGAAAGCAUGAGAGCACCAUCAUCUUGGGUUUUGAAAAUGUGGAAACCUCUGUCACAAACGCAGCAAAGCUCAAUCUUCCUCACGCACCAAUGGAAAUCUACCAGGAAAUGACUGGAAAUCGAGUGGACGGCCUUGUUGUAUCCAUGUCCUCACCAUCCGCAGGACACAUUGCUGUUCAGAUGCAGACAAAGCACCCCGCACAAGUGAAAGCAAGAGUUUAUGGUCGCUACCCGACUGAGCCGACAACGGACAUCGAUAUCUUUGGUGUUAAGGUGGCUGUGAUGGACCUGGAAAGGCUGAACCUCCAGACAACCUGGAAUAUGGAAAUGCCAUAUGAGAUGAUGCUGGAACUGAAGAAGCACGUCCCCACGAUCAUGGAUAUGGUGUCUGAUUCUGCUAUUAGGAUGAACAACAAAAUCAACAGGCUUGUUAGAAUUCUCAAGGGUUCAUUUGAAAGGGCAAAAAGACAGGGCAAGGCCAUGUUCAGAAGGGCUGUUGAGAACUUAGCUUCUAUAAAUUCUUCUGAUGUUCUGACCAAUGUUGUGGAAAUGAACAUUUCCAUUCUCAAAGAAUACCAAAAGAAAUCUCAACUUGUUCUUGAUGCAAUUGUUAAUUUCCUGAGAGAGACCAAGUUCCAGACUCCUUUCUAUCAACAGAGGCUCUCUGGACUUGAGAUCUUCCAAAAAUGCAGUUCUUUCGUGGUAGAUGUAGUUGAGGAGGCUGCUGAAAAGAUUGAAGGGUAUUUUUCACCUGUGUUUGCAGCAGUUCUCGAUCAGUUCAAUGCCAUUGAAUUCACUGUCCCAGGCUCUGGGCACAUUGUUAGCGGGAGAGAAAUUCUCGACAAUUUGUUUGUUGCUGUGAGAAAGAUCCAGGACAGUGUUGUGGCUACAGUGAGGAAACUUAGAGACAUCCAGCUGGAGGAUAUCAUAAACAAUGUAUCAGCAUUCAUCCAGUUGUUCACUGAGAAUAGUGUGAAGGUGCUCCAGACUCUCAAAUUUGAGACCCCAGACACCCUCUUACCCAUUCUGAAUGAUGUGUACAAUGAUGCCAUGAACAGCCGUGUAGUGGCCCAACUAGCUGAGCAGGUUAGAGAAAUCCAUGACAUCAUUGUGGAGUAUCUUAAAUCUGUGAGUGAUAAAAUCUACAGCAUUGUGGGUGACAUGUCGACUGAACAGCUUAGAGCUGACAUCCAGUCCUGGAUUGACUCAUCUGUAAAACGCAUUAACGCUUUCCACAACAAUGUCAUCAGGAGCCUGAAAGAAAUAAGUCAAAAUGUUCAACCAUAUGUGAGAGUAAGUGAAAGACAGAUAGAGGUUGACAUCCCCUUCCCAGCUGUUGCUAGAUUCAACUAAGUGACCAUGACUACCAAAAAGAUAAGAUGGUGUUUGUAACAAUUUCUUUUUUAACAAUAAGAAAAUAAAAGUGAAUGUAUUCUCAUUACAAAACUAAAUAAUAUCACGCUAAAGUCUGUCAUCAUGCCUGUCUCUGUCAUCCAAAUAAUUUGUUUAUUACACAGUAGAAAAUUGUUAUAAUCCUACUGUGUUUCCUUUGUCUCUUGUGCUAUUUAAAAAAACAAAAUGGGUAUCAAUAAAUACAGUUUGUACUGCA